GGGGCAAGAGAGAUGAAGUUCUGAUCUUACCUCUGAAUGACUCUGUGAGCUUCACCCUGAGUCAAGACCAGCUGUGUGCAACAACCACUGCCUGCAUUUCUCCUGCUUUCACUAAUGAUGCUUUCUGGCUCAAUGGCAAAGAAGAGUCAUUAGAGAAUCCACGCAUCCAAAACUGCCUUAAAGAAAUCCGACGUCGAGCUAAGGAAAGCUGCAGUAGCUGCGGCAGUGAAGAUGACAUCACCUCCUGGCCCGUGCACAUCUGCUCAGCUAACAACUUCCCCACGGCUGCAGGACUAGCCUCGUCAGCUGCUGGAUAUGCAGCAAUGGUGGUGGCAGUGGCAGAGGUGUAUGGGGUGAGCGGAGGCGACCUCUCGGUGGCAGCUCGGCAAGGCUCUGGCAGUGCCUGCAGAAGUGUCCUGGGAGGCAUUGUUCGCUGGUACAAGGGAGAACAGCUGGACGGGAGUGACUCGGUUGCUCGUCAGGUUGCGCCUCCCGACCACUUUGGUGAACUGCACGCCAUCCUCUGCGUGGCAAGCGGGCGGCGCAAGAAGACUGGCAGCACGGAGGGCAUGCGACGCUGCGUCAAGACGUCGCUCGUCAUGAACAUGCGCCUCACGUCAACCGUUGAUGCCCGCACCAAGAACAUCGUCAAGGCCAUCGCUGAGAAGGACUGGUCCAGUUUCUGCGACCUGACCAUGAGCGACAGUCAGGAGAUGCACGCGGCCUGCCUCACCGCCAGUCCGCCCGUCGUGUACAUGACGGACACGUCGCACGCGGUCGUCGAGCUCGUCCACGAGUACAACAGAGUCGUCGUCAAGGAAGGGCAGCCGCAACUCAAAAUCUGCUACACAUUCGACGCGGGUCCGAACGCUUGCCUGUUCGUGCCCGCAGCUGCAGUGGGGCAAGUGAUGUCUUUGUUGCUCAAAGUCUUCCCGCCAUCAGACCAUUGCACCUUAGACACUUACCUGCGAGGUCUACCCUGCCCCACUCCCCAGCUCAUCCCUAGCCUUGAGGCUGUUAGUUUGGACUUGAUUAACAACUUUCACAGCGCUAACAGCCCCGCAGGCAUCAAGCUACAGUACUUCAUGCACACCACCGUCGGUGAAGGUCCGCGUGUUAUAGCCAAAGAGAGCCACAACAACAAGCCCAGUGAAGUACCUAAAUCCUCAGAUGUGAGCAACACGUCUGGAGCGACCCCCUCCUGCCAUCUCAUUGAUCCCUUGACCGGCGCUCCGAUAUUUGGUCCUGCAGUGUCUUAGGGAACGGGGUUGCGGGAGCCAACUCUCGCCCGCAUCAUCUCGGACACUUUCUCUCGCUUCGCCUCUAAAAUUACCAACGCCCGCUCGACAUUUUCUUGACCCUUGCGAGGCGGCCUUCCUGCCGAUACCGACCGAGUGGCUACACCCAGAAAAAUUUGUGGCUGUUCCUUCUUUAAAAGAACUACCACUUUGGCUGAAGAAGAGGUUUACGAAAUUAUUUAAUGUGUCUGAUUUCGAAAACAAACGUUCGGGACAGAAUAUCUUUCUCCCUUCCAUCACUAUUGUUGAUUCUUGUCUGUCAGAAAUUUAAUCAAAAUGGAAAUUUCAGGAAGAUUAAUGCAGCAAAAUUUCAUUAGUUGUUCGUAGGAGAAGCUUAUCAGUAAAAUCUGAUAUCAGUAUUUGUUGAAUCCGUUUUUAUUACUGGUAAAGUUGAAGCUUUACUCCUGGGAGAACUAAUUUCUGCGAUGGAUGGCUUGCAUCACUGCCCCUCCUCUCCCUGAUGGCUUGCAUCACUGCCCCUCCUCUCCCUGAUGGCUUGCAUCACUGCCCCUCUUCCAUCGCUCGCAUUUCUAUAAGCCGCUCAGCAGGAUCGUUGUCUGUCUCUCACUUGUGUGCGUUUUAUACUUGCUUUCUGCUGGACUGAGACUGUGCAAAUGAGAGCGAUUAAUUACUUUUCUGCGUUGAUGACGCGUGCUUCAUUUUGGCUUGAUGUCAAAAAGCUGUCAAUUUUAAGUAGAUAGUCUUCCAACUGCUAUAUACAAUGAUACAAUCAUUUUAACCCACAUGUUGAAUAAAUACUCCCACUUCUGACUGUAACGCAGUAAUAUUUCUGAUAUACUGAAACUUUAAAGCAUCAAGCUCAUUUUUUGCUCUCGAAUUAUCGACAGUUUUGUCAGUUUCGCUUGUAUAUGAGAACUUCGUGCCGCAGUUUCAACUCUUGUAUCAAUUAUGAAGUGUAGAAGCCUCGUGCUUCAUUGCUCGCUAUCAUAUCACAUCCUCCGUACUGCGGGUGGCAUGCUUCAAAGUCUUGCUUUCUCAACUAUCAUCUCGUUGUUAGCAUAAAAUCUAUGUUCAGUUUAGCAAUGUUUGGAAGCAUGUUGCUGCGGAGUGUGCCAGCCACAUCCAUCAGGUUAUUAAUGUCUCAAAUAGAAACUUGUUGUUCUUUUGUAAAUCAUCGCUAGGAUGUGGCAAGUGUUGUUGUGGUAGUGCCAGCAAAUUUGCGCGGUAUUCUAUUUCUCUAGCUUAGCAUAGCAAGUCCUGCAGGUGCAUGUUGGUCGUCAAUAAAUUACGCGUCCCGAAAAUUUUUGACGUUAGCCAGAACUGAAAUUGUAGAACGAUUGUAGUUUCAAAUUAGCCCUCUCUUUAAAGACAUUUAUGGACGUUAGUUGCAAUCGUCAACCCAAACAAACACGUUUGAACUUCCAGCAGCGUCUUUGGCCACUUUAUUGAAUGCGGAGCUGAGAAUAGAUCGAGACGAUUUAUAUCAUUAGACGUAACAGAUUUUGCGUUCAUUCUUUUGAUUUUUUUUUUU